GACAUGAAGAAAGACAUUGAGACUCUAGUAGCAGAGGAACGCGCUGAUAUCAUCUUGAAAUAUGCUACGGGCAGGCAGGGCGGGGUGGACAUUGACCCCUGGGAAGAUGCUGACUACAGCGUCUACAAAGUCAUCGACCGCUUCGGCUUCAUGCAUGAGGAUGAGCUGCCGGCCCCGACUGCGCAUGAGGAAAAGAGGAAGCAGCUGGAGAUAGAGCGGGCGGAGAAGUGGUUGAAGAUGGUGAAGAAGUGGGACAAAUACAAAAACAGUGACAGGAUGGUGAAACGGGUGUAUAAGGGCAUCCCCCUGCAGCUCCGGGGCCAGGCCUGGGCACUGAUGCUGGACGUGGAGAGGGCCAAGAAGGAGAACAAGGGCAAAUAUGAGAACAUGAAGGAGCAGGCUAGACUGUGCUCAUCUGAGAUCAAACAGAUUGACCUGGACAUCAACAGGACCUUUCGAAACCACAUCAUGUUCAUGGAUCGUUUUGGAGUCAAGCAGCAGUCUCUUUUCCAUGUUCUCUCUGCAUAUUCAGUCUACAACACAGAGGUGAGCUACUGCCAGGGGAUGAGUCAGAUCGCCGCCCUGCUGCUUAUGUACAUGAACGAGGAAGACGCCUUCUGGGCGCUGUCACAGCUGCUGACCAAUCAGAAACAUGCCAUGCACGGAUUUUUUGUUCCCGGGUUUCCUAAACUUCAGCGAUUCCAGGCACAUCAUGAUCAGGUUAUUUCCAAACUCAUCCCCAAGCUGAAGAAACAUCUGGACAGAGAGACCAUGUCUGCAGGGAUUUACAGCACAAAAUGGUUCCUGCAGUGUUUCAUUGACAGGACGCCGUUCACGCUGACCCUUCGGCUGUGGGACAUUUUCAUUCUGGAGGGAGAGCGAGUCCUCACCGCCAUGUCUUACACCAUCCUGAAGAUACACAAGAAGCGUCUAUUGAAGAUGUCCCUGGAGGAUCUCAGAGAGUUCCUGCAGGAGCGAAUCGCUCAGACUUUCUUUUACAGCGACGACGUGAUCAUUGAGCAGCUUCAGGGCUCCAUGAGUGAACUACGAAAGAUGAAGCUGGACCUUCCUCCCCCAGGGAAGGUGGAUGAGUUGCCUUGUAAGCCUCUGGGUCAGGAGCUGCCGGUGCUGCUGAGUCCAGUUCAGCCCUCCAGAGGGAAGCCAUCCUCAGCCAGCAGCUUGGCCAGAGCAGGCCUGAGCCUCCACAUCAUCUCCCACCAGCCUGACUCCAUAUCCCCUGACCAGAGCCCAUCCAAGGACCCCAGGGACCUUGACGCUGUGGGCGAGGAGGAGGCCCCGCUGCCUUCCCCAGACCCCAUCAUCAUCCACAUCCAGGCCCCGCUGACCCCCAAUGGCUCCCCGCUGACGGGGCCUCCGCCUUACCAGCCCCCGGGGAGCGAGGCGGUGGUAACAGCAGGUCAUCCCUCACCAUCAGAGCAGGAGAGGGAUGAAAUGAUCAUAGAUGUACUCUCGACAGCCUCAACAGAUGACUUCUCCUUGCCCACUCGCUCAGCUGCCACCACCGACCAAUCCUCCUGCAAGGUCCCACGGACUCUUUCGGCUCCUGUGGCCCCCAUGGCUUUUCCGGCUUUAGCCCUGUCUCAGUCAGAGAGUUUCUCCGCAGCAGAGAGGGAGGAGGACAGUUACCUCACCCAGCUGCUGGAGCAGGCCUCAGCUCUGCCCACCAACAGGAACCUGAACCAGGACUCGAGUGAAGCAUCAGAGGACGCAGAGCAGGCUGCGGACUAUUCAUGAAAUGAGCACCAAUUGAUCAUGUUCCCUCUCCAUUUCUUUAAUCAUGUCAGUGGCAUGAAUUGGCUCUGCAUUUUUUCAACUGUUUGGUACAUAAAAUGUUCUGUAUGGGUCGAGUUUUCGUAGUUCAAACAGUGUUGUGGAUGAGGUUACAAUCAAUGUUUUCAUAAAGGACUACAGAAGUAUGAUUUAAGAGUCAAAUUAUUAAUGUUAAGCCAUAUUUGCCUGAAAUAUGUUUCAGGAGCAGUGUUAUUUUUGUCUAAUCUAAUUUGUCAACUUUUAAGUGACUAACUUUUUUAUAACUUCCUAAAAUGUUCUGAAGAAGCAAAUUUCUCUUUUAAGGUAUUUAACAUGUUUGGCCUUUCAUUCACACAGCAACAUUUUUGUGGGGUUACAUUUUUGAAAAUGUAACCCCUUCUGUCGCCG